AGAAUGUUCAACGCGGGAGUGAAUGAGGGACAAUCAACCACGAGGCCACCGUUGUUCGAUGGAACCAACUACUCGUAUUGGAAGGAGAGGAUGAGAAUCUUUAUCCAAUCCAACGACUACAAGCUGUGGUUGAUUGUGGAGAACGGCUGCGGAGUCCCGAUGAAGAAAGUCGGUGAAGUCAACGUUCCCAAAACCGAAGAGGAGUUCACCGACGAAGACUGCAAAAAGAUGGAGCUUAACGCAAAGGCAAUAAACAUGAUUUAUUGCGGUGUUAACGCGGAUGAUUACCGCAAAAUCUCGCGAUGUGAAACCGCAAAACAAAUGUGGGAAAAAUUGGAGGUCACCUACGAAGGAACCGCGCAGGUUCGGGAGGCCAAAAUCGACCAUCUCACUCACGAGUAUGAACUCUUUUCAAUGAAGGAAAAUGAGAAGAUUGAGGAAAUGUUUGAGAGAUUCUCUAACAUCAUCAAUCCUCUCAAUCUUCUCGGGAAGACAUACACCGACCGAGAGCUCGUGAGAAAGGUGCUGCGAAGCCUAUCCCCCAAAUGGCGUUCAAAGGUGGACGCAAUCGAAGAAGGUCGUGACUUCCAAACAACGACCUAUGAUGCUCUUCGAGGUAAUCUUAUUACCUACGAAACCACCCAACUCUCAAAGGUGGUUGAAGAGAGGAACAAGAGGUCUAUUGCUCUACCCGCAACAACAUCAACCCACAACAACGUUGAUGAUGAAGAUGAUGAAAGCGACGACACCGACCUCGGACUCUUUGUCCUAAAAUUCAAGAAGAUGAUGCUCAAGAAGGGAGCCAAGAAGAACACUCCACCCAAAUGCUAUGGGUGUGGUGAAAUUGGACACAUCAAACCAAUGUGCCCAAAGCUCAACAACGAGAAGGACAAGAGGGCACCGAAGAAGCAACGUGCAUACAUUUCUUGGGAGAACGACGGCUCCGGGAGUGAAGACUCGGAAACGGAGGAAGUGGCCAACUUAUGUCUCAUGGCCAUUGAAGAUGGUGUGAUAGGCGUGUCGUAGCACCUACAAAUUAAUUUAUUAUUUUCCUUAACUCUUAACCCCCUUUAUGAAUUAAUAUUCAUUAAAACAUAUAGAUAGGGCAAGUAAGGGUCGAUCCCACGAGGAAAGAUACUUUUUAGGCUGAAGAAGAGGUCCACCAACGGUUCUUCCCUAUUUUCACAUUCAUAUUAGCUCAUGUUAAGACCAACCCUAACUCUAAACCCUACUACCCUUAGCAACCCAAAUACCAACCCUUAAGUUACUACUAAGAAUAACGCAUUAAGAUUUGUGGAAAACAUCACCAUAACAACUAUGCAGUAACACUACGGUUAUUUAACAAAAUCAGUUCGAGAACCUUGAUUAAUAAAAACCACUUAGCGAGGCAGCAAGUACUAAUCAAGUGACACUUGGUUU